UUCACCCCGACCGCCCUCCAACCUGUCUCCAGCUCUGGCUCCCGCUCCUGCCCUUCGGGCAGGGGCGAGGGGCGGAGUGCGGAGGGCAGCGCAGCCCGCGCUGGGCUCCGCUGGGCCACCCGGCAUUGCUGUGCGCCGCGGGGCGGGCUGCUUCAACCGGACCUUGCGCAGGGUGUCGGGGUUCCAGGACGCCUGGCCCCGGCGCUCGAGCAGCCUCCUGUGCCUGCCCGCCUUCUCCGCCGAGCCGGGGCCCGCGCCACCCCUGGCUCGCCGGCCGCCUCGAGGUGGUGGUGGCCCCGGUGGAGCGGCCCCUCCACCGCCCGCCCGUCCCCUGCUUCCCGAUUGCUGCUUCUUCUGUUGCCGCGGUUUUCAACUUGGAGGCGGCGGCGGUGGAGGCGGCCGCGGGGCGCUGCAGUGGGAUGCGCGCGGCUGCCAGCCUGCGGGACAUGCUCCCCGCGCCAGCGUCCUGCUGGCGGCCAUGAGGAAACAGAACGUGAGGACUCUGAGCCUCAUCGCCUGCACCUUCACCUACCUGCUGGUGGGCGCCGCGGUGUUCGACGCCCUGGAGUCCGACCAAGAGAUGCGCGAAGAGGAGAAACUCAAGGCGGAGGAGAUCCGGAUCAGGGGCAAGUAUAACAUCAGCACAGAGGACUACCGGCAGCUGGAGCUGGUGAUCCUGCAGUCGGAACCACACCGCGCCGGCGUCCAGUGGAAAUUCGCCGGCUCCUUCUACUUUGCGAUCACGGUCAUCACCACCAUAGGUUAUGGGCACGCGGCCCCGGGAACCGACGCGGGCAAGGCCUUCUGCAUGUUCUACGCCGUGCUAGGCAUCCCGCUGACGCUGGUCAUGUUCCAGAGCCUGGGCGAGCGCAUGAACACCUUCGUCCGCUACCUGCUGAAGCGCAUCAAGAAGUGCUGCGGCAUGCGCAACACCGAGGUGUCCAUGGAGAACAUGGUGACGGUCGGCUUCUUCUCGUGCAUGGGCACACUGUGCAUCGGGGCGGCCGCCUUCUCCCAGUGUGAGGAGUGGAGCUUCUUCCACGCCUACUAUUACUGCUUCAUCACGCUGACCACCAUCGGCUUCGGGGACUAUGUGGCGCUGCAGAGCAAGGGGGCCCUGCAGAGGAAGCCUUUCUACGUGGCCUUCAGCUUCAUGUACAUCCUGGUGGGGCUGACGGUCAUCGGGGCCUUCCUCAACCUGGUGGUCCUCCGGUUCCUGACCAUGAACAGCGACGAGGAGCGGGAAGGCGAGGAGGGGGCGGCCCUCCCAGGCAACCCGAGCAGCGUCUCCCACAUCUCCCGGGAGGCGCCGCAGGUGCGUCCGCGGCCCCGGCCCGAGGGCGGCGACCUGCAGUCCGUGUGCUCCUGCGCCUGCUACCGCUCGCCGCCACCGCAGAACUUUGGCGCCACGCUGGCGCCGCAGCGGCUGCACUCCAUCUCCUGCAGGGUGGAGCAGAUCUCGCCAAGUACACUGAAGCACAGCCUCUUCCCGUCCCCUAUCAGUUCCGUCUCGCCCGGCCAGCACAGCUUCCGCGGCGACCACCUUAGGCUGAUGCGGCGGCGCCGCAAGUCCGUCUAGUGUGGGGAGGGAGUAGAGCGGAAGAGUCAUUGUCAUGUGGCUGUAAGUUCCAUUGGCCCCACUCGACUUCCCCUCCUUAUUUAUUUAUUAUUAUUAUCUUUUGUUAUUUUUACAGUCAUCGCCAUUACUUUCUCUCCUCCGCCCUCUCUCGGUUUCAUUUCUUCUUUCCCCACCUUCCCAGCCAGGCAGAGCAGCCCGAGGGGAAACUAGAGCAUGAAGCGUGGAUUUCUUCCGUCCUCCCCAGCAAAGGAUGCCUUACAUUUCCCCUGCCCCUCCCCUUUCUCUGGGGUGGCUUUCCUAGGACAGGUGUGAGACCAGACCACCGAAAGAGAGCUGAGAGGAUGCCCACCCCGCAGCUGCUCACCAGGCUGAGCCCCUUUGGCCGCUGUCCCUGGCGGUGUGUCCCACCUAACUCCGUUUUUUCCUCCCGAGGACUGGGUGGCCGUGUGUCCACGUGUGUAGUGUGUGUGUGCUUCUGUGUGUGGGUGUCUCGUGUGACAGGAUGAAGGUAUCAGAAGUUCAUUUUCCUUCCCCCUCACACGAGUUUUUGUUAAUAGCCUGCUUUUGGCUACUUUCAGACACAGCGGGAAAACCUAGGAGGGUUUUAAAGUAUCAUCUUGCCAAAUUAAGCAUGCUCUACAGGCAGGGUUUACAACCACAGCUUUAAAGCACUAGGUUCUAAAUCACAUUCACAUUUUUCCAGUGGGUGAGUAGGCAAGAAGACAUUGAUGACCGUAGCUUGCCAGUUUAAAAGAUUUAAAAAGCAUGCACUUUGUCAAACUGGUACACUUCAUCAACACAAGAAAGCCAAUGGAACAAUGGAACAAUCAAAAGCCGCUAAUACAAUUUAUUGAAGACAUUUUAAAUUUUAACCAUCUUCAGUUCCAACAGUUUGCCAUACAGCUGGAAAUGCCAGGGGAGAGUGGAAAAUUGUUGGAACUGCAGAGUAUCUAUUGUAUUAUUUCUUUCAUACUGAUGAUGACGAUGACGACGACGAACCAUGAUGUUGAUGAUGAUGUUGAUUAUGAUGAUGAUGACUUUUGUGUAGCAUCUACCCUGCGAAUAAGAAUUCUAGUUUUGGAAUGCUUGGAUGAGAAUGGGUAUUAGUACGUGGAUGUGGUUUCCUAAUAAAAAGCAA